AUGAGAGCCCCGCGGGCGUCCCUGCCGCCGCCGCCGCCGCUGCUGCUGCUGCUGCUGCUCGGCCCCGCCGCCCGGGCGGCUCCCAGGGACGGGGUGCUGCGACCUGAGCCCCUCGCGGCCGUGGGGACGGAUCCCGGCCCCGACCCGCUGAGCCCAGAUCUCCCCGCUCUGCAGUUGCUGCGUAGCGCUGUGCGGAGUUUGGGACCGCCGCAGCGAGACGCGGACGAGAUGACAAGGGAGCAGGCUCUGCUCUUCCUCUUCGCGAUGCACGACCACGACCGGAGCGGGCAGCUGGACGGACUGGAGCUGCUGCAGCUGCUGGGGGCGGUGCUGACCCAGGGGGGCGCGGGGCGGCCCAGCUCCGAGGCGGUGGCCGCGCUGGUGGACCGAGCUCUGGAGCAGCGGGACCGCAGCGGAGACGGACUGCUGGACCCCCCCGAGUUGCUGCUGCCCGCCCCGGCACGUGGACCCCCGCGAGGAGGCGACGCUGCACUCGAAGGGAGGGCAGAGGGGCACGCUGGGGAGCAGGAGGGGAUCCCCGCGGUGGGGGAGGAGACACUGGGGGAGAACGUGGGGGCGAGCAGCCCCCAAGAGGGACAGGUUCUGCAGGGGGAUGGCGACGUCCAGGCAGAGGAGCAGGGAAUCCCCGAGAUCGGAGCCCCCUUGGAAGAGGACAAGACGGCGGAAUCGGAGACGGCCAUCGAGGACAGAGAGCCCCGGGUCGAGCCCUCCGAGGCGCCGGCAUCCCCUGCCUUGGGGGAUCCCAGGGAGAUGUAGGCGCGAGAAGGGGCUGCGGGCGGUUCCCCGCCUCACGGCUGUGGGGGCUGUCGGAGCUGUCGGAGCUGAGGGUCUCCCCACGCGCUUCCCCCGUCGCAGUGGGCUCGGUGGCGAGGGGAGGGGGGAGUCAGGACACGCGGGUUCGCGCUGUAACGCGGGGCCGAGGAA